AAUCCAUUUCUUUUCUCGUUCCAUUCAAUUCCUUGCUCGCUCCUCCUACCAUCAUCUUCGUUUGGUAGCCCGGUCAAUGGAUGGAAGGAAUCCCCACCCCAGCCCAGCCAGGCCAAGUCGUCCCAAGACCUUCCAUUCCAUUAAUAACAGCACGCUCUCGCCUCGUCUUCCACCUCGCUUCGCAUCCCCCUCCCACUACUCCCCUUCCUCUCCCUCUCAAAAUCCCCAUCCGAGGCACGACUGCAGCUUCCUGCCCCGCAGCCCUCGUCGCCGAGCCGUUUCUUGCAGUUCUUGAUCCGUGGUCCUGCCGUCGUUCCGCCGGAGGAGUCGCCGCCGGUUGCCGUGCGAUUUGCUGCUGCGUCAGAUGUGGAUUCCGUGGACAGACAGGGGCCUCGAUUGUUGUGGUAUUGAUUAUUGAAUUGAAUUGGGGCAAGUUGUUGUCGGCAACAAGGGUUGAUCCGGAGACUUUGAUGAAUCCUCGCCGAUCCAAGUCAGUCAAGCUCCUAUCAGCGCGCGCCAACAAGCCCCUUGAGGUCGAUAUCGUCGAGGAGGACCCACGGAUGAGCUCGUCGGCCGACAACACCGUCUACUGCUGCAUUGCCAAGGGGAGGAAGGUCAUCUACUGCUACAAUAGCAAGGAUGGUGAUCCGCAGAUGGAUGCCACGGCCGCGCUCUGCCUCGAGAACGCGCCUUCGUACCACCGGCAUUACAUCCACACCAUUGGAUCGAGGAGCUUCGGCUACUUGAUGGCUGAUGGGCACACCUUCUUCGCCAUCAUUGACCCGAGCGUCGGGAAUGCGGGUGUCCUCCAGUUCCUGGAGCGUGUGCGGGAGGUGUUCAGGAAUGCGAACAGGAAUGGCUUCCAUACCUCUCUGGUACCGGCUGUCCAGAGGCUGGUGGCUUCACUAGAAAAGAUGCCGCGUGCGGCGUUUGUCCUUGAGGAAAGUGCGGAGAGAGGAGGGUCGAGUGAGAGCUCCAGCUGCACGUCGUCGAAGGUGCCUUUGCUAGGGAAAAGCGGGAGCAGGAAGGAGAAGAAGUCCAAGGAUAAGGCGGUGUCGGUGGGGUGUGACGAUGAACACCAUGGAACUAGGGGGAUGAGGAUAGAUAUGCCAACGGAAGAGGUCAGUGGCAUGUCGUUGGAGCGGAGUUCAAGCCAAUCCAGGCUGCGACGGCAGCAGCCAUCGCGGUUGCUGUGGAUGCGCCAUGUGAAGAUCAUCGUCGUCGUAGACGUCAUCAUCUGUCUGGUGUUGUUUGCUGCUUGGCUCGCCAUCUGCAAGGGUUUCCAGUGCGUUUCUGGGUGAUGAAAUGACAACUUUGCUGGAGUUGUAUAGCUUUUGAGAAACUGGGAAGGCUUUGGAUGUGGUAAGGAUUGAUAUCUUCAUUUUGGGAAAGGUAAAUGUAAGCCAAGUGAGAUGGUGAAUGGGGGCAGAUGACUCGCGAAAAUUGUGGUGGAAGCUAUAAUUACCAAAAAACAGUACCUUCAUGAUUAUAUGGCCAAAAUGGAGGCUUGAUGUCAUGAACUUGUACAUAUGCUUCACCUCUUGUACAUGAGAAUUUCAUAGGAUUUUUCAUAGAUAUAUCCUGCUCUCGUGUGUAAUAUAUGAUUCCUUUGCUAAUAGGUGUGCAGGUGAUGAUAUGGUAUACCUUGCUGUA